UUGCAAAAUGCUUAUAUAACAUUAACAUUUAUGCAGAAAUGUUUCUGUGUUAAUAGUACCUCACCAGGUGUCGCUAGUGAGUUCACACUUUUAUACUUGUCUUUCCUUCACAUUUUAUAAGUGCCUUUAAAUUACUGUUUUAUGAAGUAUUGUUAUUAUUAUUACUUCGUUUGGCUGUGUUUAGGUUCUCUCUGAUUUUUUUUUUUUUUUUUCUCUUUAAUGUGAUUGGGUUAUUAAAAUGAGUCAGUAUUGCAGUACGCCGCAGUUACACCUCCCGAGCGCUGGAGGGCGCCGCGUCUGAAGCUCUUCGGCUCGAAUCGUCCCGUUCUCGGCUCUUGCGCUGUUGUCGCUGUCCAGCACUGAGCGUUCAGCACCGCGAGCGGAGGACAGCUCCCGACCCUCAGAGGAAAACACAUCAGACUACCGCAGAACCGCUUCAGCCAGCCUCAUCUACAUCCACACGACCAACCGAGUGCCGUGGCCAUGUACGAUGGGGCGAGGGUUCCCUCCCCUGAGGACGCCACUAACGGGGUCCCGCUCCAGCCUGAGACCCCCGCGACCACACGUCCCAAAGCUAACGAAGAGCCGGAGGAAGGAGAGGGUGUGCCGCUUGAGCCCGUCCUGGUGAAGAAGGCUCACCGAGAGAUUCUGGACCAUGAGAGGAAGAGGAGGGUGGAGCUGAAAUGCAUGGAGCUACAAGAAAUGAUGGAGGAACAGGGAUAUUCCGAAGAGGAAAUCCGGCAGAAGGUUGAAACGUUUCGGCAGAUGCUGAUGGAGAAAGAGGGUGUGAUAACUCGAGAAGGCUUGCACCCGCGUCCACCGGUCAGGCUGCUUCCUCACGGGGAUGAAGAUCAUGUGGAAAACGCUCCGUACAUUGACGGCUGUGAGGAACACUACGACUGGGAUGGAGAAUAUUACGAGCAAGAGACAACUGCCUACGAUGACUCCAGAUCCAAAAGGAAAUCCAGCAGUUCACCUUCCCCUCGGCCAAAGAAGAGGAAAAAGAAGAAGGCAAGAAGACACAGUCGAGCUGACAGUCCUUCUCCCACCCGCAGAGACAAGAGGAAGAAAAGCGGAAAGAAACACAAAAGAGACAGGUCCACAUCUGGCUCAAGGAGGAAGAGGAGACACAGAUCUGGUAGCCCCAAAAUCAAACACAAAGACAAGAACAAACAGAAGAAGAGGUGUUCAGUCGAAUCUCCCAGCAGGAGUUCUCAGCACAGAGGCAGCUGCUGUAGUUCCCGCAGUGGAUCCAUCUCCUCCACCGCCAGCCUCUCCAAAUCACCCAGCAGAUCAAAUGCAAAGUGCAAGAACGACAGGCACAAACAGGAAGGAACUCACACCGCCCACAGCCCACCGCCGUCCCCCAGCGCUGACCAGCCAAUCACGUGGCAGAACGGGAACCACAGCGUCCGUGUCCGCAACGGCAAAGACUCUGGAACCAAUCACACGGAGGCGAAUAAAGCGAACGAUAAGCUUCGAUCUCUGGCUCCGUCUCCCUCGAGCGCGCAGACGCACGCGUCGCCUCAUCUGAGAGGCGCUAAACAUCACUCCGGCCUUCCCAAAAGCCCCGGGGGACCCGCGGCCCAGACGGGAGAGGACGGCUGUGGAGACGACAGGCCGGCGACGGGCAAACCGCUCUCAGAGUCAUCAGGGAGACGCAGCGGGAGGCCGAGGGUUCGAGAGAAGACGUCUCGCUCGCCGGCGCACAGCAGCGACUCCCAGCAUGAGCCGCACGCUAAAGCCAAGAAUCAGAAGAAAGCGAAAGGAUCUCAUUCGUCUAAGCGCCACCAUCGCGGACGCGCUCAAAACCGCCACCGGAGUUCCUCUGUGUCACCGGGCCGGCACAAACACACGUCCAAGAAGAAGAAGAGCAAAAGUCACGGGACGGCCCGGCAGCGGAGCAGCUCCUGGAGCAGCGGGAGGUCGUCGUCACGAGCUCAUUCUAGAGAAUGCGGAUCCAGCAAGAACAAAUCCCCACACGCCCGCCAGAACAACUCAAGGGAGAGAGACAGUCCUCAUCACUCGGAUGCGGAAAGAGCUCGCCGCCGCUCACGCAGCUAUUCUCCCAUCCGGAAGAGACGGAGAGACUCGCCCAGCUUUAUGGAAGCUCGCAGGAUCACCAGCGCACGAAAACGGCCCAUCCCGUACUACCGGCCGAGCCCGUCCUCUUCCAGCUCCGCGAGCGGCUACAGCAGUUCUAGUCGCAGUCGCAGCCGCAGCUACAGCAGUUACAGCAGCCGCAGUCGCAGCCGCAGCAGGAGUCGCUCCAGGAGCCCGAGCCCUGCGCACAGUUACUACAGCCAAAGCAGCUCCGAGAGCCCUGGAUUCUGAGAGCAACUGAAGGUACGGAGGGGGAAAGUCAAAGACCAGGAGACUAAGAACAUCUCAACUGUGCAGGACACCUUUCUACCGCAGGAUCUGUGCUGAAGGAAAUCACUAUAUAACGUGCGAAUAAAAUGCAGCGGGUAUCAGGGUUUCCGGCUGACAGGACGGUCCAUAAAAUGUUGGGGUGGAGUAAAACUGAAAAGAUUUAAAACUGAACAAAAAUAAUAGGUUAAAGGUACUUACACUGCAAAAUAAUCUUUUUUUUUUUUAGCAUUUCUGUCUUGUUUUCCAGUACAUAUCAAAACGUUCUUAAAUACUUUUACUUGAGAAGGUCAAAUGAAAAAAAUAUGAAAUGUUUCCUGAAAAAAGUAUCAAAAUGAACGGCUGGUAGGGACUACAACGAGCUUCUUCCCAGGUUGGUGACAUCACUAACCCCAAAAUUUACAUGAACCCCGCCCCCGAGAACACGCAGCAAAGGGGGCGAGGCCAUGUUGGGCUGCUUUAGAGAAGAGGAAGAGUUGUUGUAGUAGAGUGUUGUUGUCAUGCCGUCAUUUUACGCCGGACUGCUUCACAAACAAGGGUCAAUUCAACGCUGGAUUUGCACAAAAUAUUAACAUGACGCACAUACUAGUCGAUGAGUUGAAUCAAAAGUUGUCUCUCCAUCAGUGUCGACUCCGGUUUGAACAAUGUAAGGCUGAACACCGUUACUGACAAUCCUCAUUUUGGCUGCAUGAGAUUCUCCAGCUUUGUUGUUGUUGAACAACCGAAGCGCGAGCUGUUAAAGCUCCGCCCUCUUCUGGAAAGCUCAUUUGCAUUUAAAGGGACACACACAAAAACAGCGUGUUUUUGCUCACACCCAAAUAGGGGCAAAUUUGACAAGCUAUAAUAAAUGAUCUGUGGGGUAUUUUGAGCUGAAACUUCACAGACACAUUCUGUGGACACCAGAGACUUAUAUUACAUCUUGUGUAAGUGGCAUUAUAGGUGCCCUUUGAAACAAGAAAAAAUAUCUGCCAAUGCGGUAAGAAAAAUAAACUUAAUUCAAAGGGAAAUCAAGAUUAUUUUUUCAACCCCCCCUUUUUUUUUUAGCAAAACCUUUUUGAUCAAUUGAUAAAAAAUACUGUAUUUGUAAUGUAAAAUACAGAGUAAAACUGGAAAAAUCCAAAUCCACUCAGUCCAUUUCUUGUAGUUUUGAACAGCAAGAAAAUACAUAAAAUCAGAUUUUUCCAUUCUUUAUUUCCACAAUGACAGUUAUUUUUCUGACCCCAUUUACAGUUUCUUUUUUUUUUUCCUUUUUUGAGCAAAAACGUGUUUAAAGUCAUUUUGCUUCUCAAGUAAAUAUAUCUUGAUUUCAGAAUGUUUAGAUAUUUGUACUGGAAAACAAGACAAUUUUUUUUUUUUUUCAGUGUUAAAAUACUUUCUUGUGUCCCAGAGUUUCUGUCACAACAUAGAUCUGUUUAUAUAUGCAUCCUGACAAGCUUAACCAAUGGCAGGAGUUUGGGGUGGGACCUUUUGUUUGUUUGACCAAUGACAAACAGCGGGAGCGUUUGGGAAACCUUUAUGAAAACAGUCAUUACUGGUGCUCUUUGAAGCAAAGCAUCACUGUUAUCUCGCUUGUUAUUUUUACAGUUAUGUUUAGUGGUGCAGAAAUUACACACUUCACCCUUAACAUAUGCUUUGUUCAUAAAGCGAAAAUCCUUUUGUGUGUGUGUGUGUGUGUGUGUGUGUGUGUGUGUGUGUGUGUGUGUGUGUGUGUGUGUGUGUGUGUGUGUGAAUCCGAUUCAAAUCCACUCAAUCCAUUUUUUCAAGAAAAUGCAUCAAAUCUGAUUUUUCUGCCCUUUCUUUCCACAAUGACUCAUAAUUAUACUAAUAAUAAUGUUAUCACUAUACAAAUUAUGUAGAUACACUAAAUAUUAAAUACACUGUCUGAACAAACACAUCUGAUCUCAUCACUGGAUGAGAAAUGACAGAAGGGCGGAUUUGUGUGCAGUGUCGACAAAACAUUUUUAGGGAGUGAAUUUGGAAAUAACUGCAAAGGUAUCUGACCUUACAUUAUAAAAUACAGCCGGUCUGUACAGAUUAAAACCAGCCGACUACAUGUCAAACCCUGUGAGAUGCUGACACACACUUAUGAUGCACAGAGAUAUUGAUGUUGUCAGCAUUUUUGUAUUUAACAUAUUCAAUGUUACAAAUAGAUCCAGUGUCUCUAUUUAAAGACUAAAAGGCCUGAAGAACAAAGAUAAGAUGAGCACUUUUUUUCCCUGAAAUUCUUCCACGCUGCAAAAAUAACCAAAAAACUGGGUUAAGAACGAGAGACUAAUCGUGAUGAGGUCUAAAACAGUCUCAUGACAAGGGUUCAAAAUCAAGAGACUAUAUUCCUACACUGAAGAUGAACGAAAGCAAGAACAAACUAUUCGACUUUACAGUAGCUUAUGAUUUGGGUGAAUCUCAUAAAGAAAUGUCCAGCUCAUAUAGAAAUUAAAUGUUGUACAAAGAAAUUAAGCACCAUUAAGAUUUUGUGAAUUUUGACUUUUUCAUAACAACAUUUUUUAUAACCAUUUUUUAUUUAGGAUACUGACAAUUGGGUGAUUUAAAUGUGUAUAUUUGGUCUUGGAGAUAAUAAUUAUCCCUCUGGUGCUCUUUGGUUGUUUUUGACCAAAACAUUUUACUUUUUGUUUUUUUCAAUUUUUUUUACUUUGGAAUGGUACAAAACUUUUUAAAGGUUUUGGCACUUGAUAUAUGAACACACACACAAAAAAUCAUGGAAAUGAUUCAGAAAGGAUAAACUGUCCUGAAAAAAAAUUAGUCACACUUGUGCUCCUAGCCAUCAAAAAUGGCUGCUUUGGAAAUGAAUGGGAAACGAAUUUCAUCUAGUGGAAGCAUUUGGUACUGCGCCCAAACAAAAUCUUACUGAAAGCUCAUUUUUUGAGACAUCAACCUCAAAUUUGGAACACAACUUGUUUAGAUUUAUGGCUUUGAUUUUGUUAGUAUUUUUAGUAUUAUUAUAGUAUUUUUGUGCAGUUUUCAUAACGAACUUCUAUAACUUUUUUAAGUUUACUUUUUUCACUUUAAGUGUCUUUAAAAAACAAACAAACUGAAGUCUGUGCUCAAAAAAUGAAUAAAUGGAUUAUAACUACUGCAUAAAUAUAAUUUAGUACUACAAAUCCCCUCAAAAAUACAGGAUAUUAAAUGAAAAACAUUAUCAAACUAAAAUAUAGUACAUUCAUUUAAUUGAAAUAAAAAAAGGAAAAAUUUUGUCAUUUUUUUGUCUGCCACGCGAGGAGCACCAAAGGGUUAAACAUACUUCAUUUUCUUUAUUAUGCAAAUAUAAUUGUUUAUUUAUUUAUUUUUUUACUUUGGGUUAAAAAUGACUGACAGGUUUUUUUGUUUUUUUGAGAUUCACCCAUUAAUUAUUUAAAAAAACGCAUCUUUUUUUGUUGAAGUUGUAUUAUAAUGACUGUAUGUCAGGAUGUUUUCGUUUGAAUAUUUCCGCUGCAAGUUUUGGCUGUAAACUAUGCACUGUAUAUUCCAAGUUAUAUACCGGAUUAUAUAAAGGCUUCGUACGUGGAAAAGCUUGGCAUGAUGCAGAGGAGAGGCUGCGUAUCUGGGUGUAAGUCUCUCUCCUGCCCUCCUUUACUCUCGGAUCUCUUUGGAAAAUCCAUAUCUGAUGCACCUAUAAUGCGAGUCCAUUUUGGAGAUGUGAUAUUUCUUAUUAUAUACAGUAUUCCACUUCUAUUUUGGCUGUGUUUAGUGCAUAUAAAUACGGUUAGAGCUCUGUGUUGUACAGUUAUUAUCUGAACUCUCUGUUGUUUUUAACCCCCGUCUCUAGUGUAGGUGCACUUACCUGAAACCAGGCUGCAAAAAUAUACACGCACACGUCUUUUUGAGCAUAUUUAUUCAUGUUAUUCUAUUUAUUCGGUGAUGCUAUUUAUUUAAUAUUCGUUGCAUAUUUAUUUUAUUUAUUUAUUUAUUACUUUUUGGCUCUGUUUUUAUAAGAAGUUGCACCAUUUUCUGUGCGUAUUGCACAUUUGCAAAGUUUUGAUUGUUUGUAAUGACAAGCUUCUGCAUCGUUUAAAGUCAACAUGAAGUCUGAUUAACUUUCUUAAUACGUGUUCCUGUUCUGAUUUUGAAUGAUUUGUUGAUGCAUGUUAGUCUAAAUCAUUUUUCAUCAAAAUUAAACAACUUUCUCCACCUCUGAAACAACUUUUCUUUUCUGCUGGCAUCACAAAUCCUUUUUAACGUAUGACAUACAUCAUCAGCAUCAUCAUCCAAUCAAUUCCUGGUGGAUAAAAUGCCACAUUUUUCUUGAAUUUUCUUUAAUAUGCUGUUGCACUCUGAAAUGCGUCACAAGUAAAAGGGGUUUCAUGUUGACCUUAAAUGCAGAAAUACAAUGAAUUGUUAUGAAAUGGUUAUAUUUUAAGACUGGUUGUUGUUUUACGAGUUUGCAUUUUCCAUAUAUUUAUUAUAAUUUAUUGUACUGUGUUUCUCUCAUUCCCUCCUUCAAAUGGAGACUGUGCUGGCCUUUUAUCAGUUAUUUCUUUGUCUUUCUUCCCUGGAAAGAGCUAAUAAAGGAGGCGGAUUACAGGCCCAGCGUUGGCUCAUGUGAACUUUAAUCUUAUGAUGCAGGAAACAGCCUCAGUCUUCCUUUUUAUGUGUCUCUCGUCGCCAGUGUUAUAUGAUUUUACACACACCUGUUGAUUUAAUAAUGUGAGUUGAUACAGCUCUAACUUCCCAACUGUAUAAAGUCCGUAGAUUUAGUGACCAGUCAUAAAUAAACACAUAAUAAAAGUAUCUGCAAAUGAAUCAUCUUAA